UUCAAAAUAAUUUCAAUUUGUUCCUUCAUUUUUCAAUACCGCAAAGUAAGUUACGAUAUUAUAAUAUUAUUUAUUAAUGUUUUGCUGUUUAGCGCAAAAUUAAAAGAAGUUCGUUGAUAACAUAUUUUUUUCUUAAAAACUGAUCAUGGAAGACGAUAUUAAUAAGCCCUACAAGAUAUGUGACGUGAAUCGCGAGAAGAAAAAGGGCAUUGUGGCGUCAUCAUUAGAAGAUUUGAUAGCAAAAGUACCAGAAAAGUUAGGUUUGCCAUCGGAAAACCUCACUGUUGUUCUUGAGUGUGACGGUACUGAAGUUGAUGAUGAAGAAUAUUUUUCGACAUUGGAUCCAGACACAUCUUUGAUGAUAUUACACGGAAAUGAAAAAUGGGCUCCAAAUAUGCCAAAAUGUCAAGUCUCUCUAGACCAAACUGACGAUGUAGCAUUAGGAGACAAAGCACAGGUAGCUAAUUUAGUGGGACGCUUACAGCAUAACUUGUGUCAUAUCUCAUUGCUUGGAGGCCAAGACCUUGAACUUUUAUCAGAUAUGGACCCUGAUAGUCUAGCUGACAUCGUAACUGACAGGGACAACAGGAUAAUUUUAGAACACAUAAAGGAGGCUUCUGGAAGGAUAUUACUAGAAAAACGUCAAGCACAGGAUGCAAUGGAACUCUUGAAAUUAUAUCAUCAGAGUGUUUCUAAUGGCACAGAAGAUGUUUCUCCACCAAGCCAAGAAAGAGUGUAAACUUAUAUAUGGAUGUCUACACUGUCCCACUAAAUUAACCCUUAUCUAUUCAUUUUUAGGGAUGGUACAUCUCAAAAGUUUACAAAACAUCUUGAGUUACAAAAAAUUAUGUUUCAAUUUAAUGAAAGUGACAUAGCUUAGUACAUUUUUAGUGCUCUUUUGGCGCUGCUAACCAUUGAAGCGAACGAAUGACAUUUUGUAAUAUUUUACUACAGCUGGCUAUACUCAGAAUUCAAAUAAUUUGUAAGUAUAAGAAUAAACUUAACAUUCAUAGUAAUAAAAUAUAAAAACACCAAUUGAAUGAGGCCUUUUUUAAGAAAAAACUCCUUUUUAUUAGAUUUAUUAAUUAAUUGUUUCAAUGAUUGCUCACUUGUAGUUCUGUAAAAUACACAUUUAAUAUAUUUGGCUAGGCCUUUGAUUGUAUCUACAUUCCAUGUUGUCAUAACAAUUCUUAAGCUAAGUGAGUGCAUAUUGAGAGUAGCUGUACCCUUACUGUAAGGAUCUAAUCUUAUGAAUACGAGCUGAAAUUGAAUAAAUCAUACCAAUAUUCUAAAGUUUGUACUUAGAACACUUUUAGAUAACCGCAGUGUGUACUAAUGUUGUUUAAAGGUUUUUUUUUUUUUUUAUUUCAUACGUUAUUAAGAACUAAUUACUUUUAAUUUAACUUAAAAAAUUAUAUUAUCUUAGGAACUGAUAUUUUAAGAAGCUUUACGUUACGUUUGAACCAGUUUUGAUUUGCAGUCACCAAUUAUGUUUUAGUUUCCUAGUAUACAAUAGUAUUGUUUAUAUAAUUCGUAAUUGUAAAAUUUGUAUGGUAUAGUAACAAAUCAUAAUAUAAAUGUAACCAUUUCAUAUAAGGAUUGAUGUAACUAGAAAUACAAUAAAGUAUGGACAAUAGGUAUGCUAGAAUCUAAGCAUUGCUAUUUAGUAUUAUUACUUUUAAUUGAUUUUACUCAUUUGUAAACUUUUGAGAGACAAAUUGCUACAAGGUUGAUAAUCAACAUCAAUUUAAAAGACUGAUAGUUGGUAAAUUUAUUUUUUUUAUAUAGUUUUAUCCCUAGAAUAAGUAAUUAAUUCAUUUAAUUCCAAAUUUGCUCAACAAUUUACAAGUACUUAUUCAAUAAGUUUCUCUAAUUUUAAUUCCACUUGCAUAAAAAUAACCACCUUCUCAUAAUCAUGUAGUGAGGAAUAGGAAUUGCAACUGAGGUAUGCUGUGAAUAGAACUUAUAUUUAUUUAUCUUGCAUUAUACAAAAUAAUAUGAGUUUAUUUUGCUUUGGCACUAUUAAAAUCUAGUAUAAAUCUAGAAUUGGUCGUUUUUAUUAAAAGAAAACAACAAUUGCACUCUUAAAAAUAUUGCACCACACAAAAAGCUCUCGUCUUUAAUAAAAAUUUAUAAAAAUAUUUAUUAAGUCCAUUUUGUAGCACGCAUUAACUACUUUUUAAUUCUUGUUUUAAGACUACAAUUAGAAUGUAUUAAAUUGAUCAUGUAAAUUUAUUGUAUUCUGGUAAUUGCUAAAAAGAUUUAUUUAGACAUUAAAAAGAACUUAAAAUUUAUAAGACUUGUCAAUAAUAAUAUUACAUAAAACAUACUACAUAACAUUUCUGUAAACAUUAUCAUAUAAAUUAUGUCAAACUGAUAUUAUGUUCUAUUUAUAGAAUAUUGUCGGUAAUUACUUUUCACAACCAAAUAAUCAAGUAUAAUUUUGUGCAACUAGUUAUAGAAAAGACAUAAAGGCUGUAAUAAAAGUAGAGAUAUAGAAAUGACAAACCAUAAUUCUGUAAACAAUUCCAAGCUUAAGCCUAACAUGGAAUUGAAAUGUACAUUUAUUCCAUUAUAUCUUGUGUUGUUGUGCACAAAUAAAGCAUUUAGCUGGACAA